CGGGAGCAGCGGCGAGCAAAUUGCUCACACAGCAGAAAGUAGCAGCAGCAGGAAUUCGGGCUUUUCGUUUUUGUUUUGUUUCGUUCCAUUCCCUUCACCAACCGCCCUGGAUCACGCACUCGCGGCGACUCGUCGUCCAUGUUGUGCCGCAUUGCCUCGUAAUCGAACCAUGUGUGUGUAGGUGGGUCAGUCAAAGCUGAUCGAAUCGUGGGAGACAAGCCGUUGUCUUGUCGAUCGGAGGCUGGCUGAUGGAUUUGUGAGUUGUUGUGCAUCGUGGGCCGUGCAAGCACAGGCGCUGGGAAAUUGAGGCACGAGAGGGCUUUUCAACAAGUCCUCUGGCGGGGUAUAUGAGAGAGUGAAAGAGUAAAUGCGUGCUUUUUUUUUGGAGUUUUGUGGAUUUAGUUGCUGCGCUGCCGGCGGGGAGCGUUGGCGUUGGUGGAGUUUGCUCUUUGGAUGCAGCAGCUCCACAGCCGUCUCUGCUUUCUUAGGUACCCCGGGUUAAGGUAUUGGGAGUAACCGACGGCGCUUGGACCACGUUUCAAUUCAAUUGAUCAGCUGCAUGCGUAUGAGAAUGUGUAUUUGAAACUUCGAAGGAUAUCUGUUUCAACCAGGAUCAGGAUGCAGAUGUUUAGUCAGGGUUUUAUGGUUCAACCCUCUGAAGUGAUCCGCAUGAACGCCACAUCCAGUAUUAUCAGCACGUGUACCUAGACUCCAGUAAAAACCAUACAGAACGAUUUAUUGGAUCAUUUUGGUGCGACGGUGGAGUAUUAUGAGACUAGGGUUUUACAUUUGAAGCUGAUACAAGCAGAGGGGCAUUAAUGUCAAGGAAGCGGUGAAAAGAUUACGAAAAGAGAGGUGGGACAAUGGAGGCGAUCAGAGGUGAUAGCAAUGGUUCUUUAUUGUACACACCGUUGCUAGGGGAUCGUGUAGGGGAGAAUGGAAUCGCUGAUUUCAAUAGUGUAUACCACGGUGAGGUCGCUGUGGCGAUUGACAAGUUGCACCAGGGUAAUGAAAGGUCUGCAGCAAGACACUCUUUGGGGAGUUAUGAUGUGCAAUCAGAUCUCGAUUUUGACGAUCCAAUCCUUGAAGCUGAGAGCAGGAGUACGUUUCAGCAUAUUCACGAGUUAAGUAGGCAGCGUUCUAUAGAUUAUGAAAGAAGUCAACGAGCCAAGAUGUCAUCCCGUUCUAUCCGUAACCCCAUACGACAGAAGUCACUUGUUACCAGGGCAGCAUGCAGCGCAAAGGCCAACGCAUGGAAUUUCUUGUACAAUGUGAUGGUAGGACUGUAUAUGUGGCCCAAGUGGAUCUGGGACGCUAUGAAAGCCAAUUCUAGCCUCACCAUUUUAUCUGUCAAACAAGGAGUCUGUUCUGGCUUGGCUUCAAUUCUAUGUGUCAUCAAGUUUCCAGAGCCUUUUACACAGAUAUCAUCAAUUGCAUUGUGGGCCGUUGUUACCACUGAUCUUUUGUAUGAGGGAAACAUUGGACUUUCUGUUAGCAAAGGCUACAAUCGUGUUCUGGGAACUUUGGCUGCGGGUUUGUUAGGAUUCGGACUUAAUCAAAUUGGGCCAGAGCUUGGACCAGUAUAUCCUUAUUUUGUGGUCUUUUUUGCUGCGGUGGGAGCUGGCGUUUUCAAAUUUUUCAAAGGCAUUCCACCGCUAAAAGAUCAGUGGGGCUACGCCUUCUCUGUUGCAACUGUUGCAUUUCACAUUUUUAUAAUCACUGAUUACUUAGAUCCAGAAAGGUGGACUUUGCCGAUUCUCAGAUUUUCAAUGAUCUUAUUGGGGUUUGCUAUGGCGUCGAUUAUCAACAUAGCUUUGAAGCCCAACUAUGCGGGAGAUGCGCUGCACAAGCUUGUGGCGAAGAACUUUGAGACAGCUGCCACUGUUAUUCAGAGAUGUGUUGAAGAAUACAACAAAGACACGAAGCUUGAUCAUAUCCCGGACAUUCUGAGUGGGCGCUCCGAGGAUGACAAAAUCCACCAGAGCUACCACGAAAUAGUGAUGUCAGAUUUAGAUAUCGACAAACUGUUGAGCGCUGUGCACUGGGAGCCCUCACAUGGGAAGUUUUUUUCGGGUUACCCCUGGGAUCUAUAUGAUGACAUUACAGACUACCUUCGCUACACAUUGUAUGAUAUCAUAGCGUUGGAUUUGUCCCUUCGCGCCAAUAUUCAAGCGCCCAAGCAUCUUCGAGAUCUUUUUGCUCAGGAGACGGCGACAAUUGCGACAGAGUGUGCCACCGUGUUUCGCACACUUGGUGACAGCAUAAAAAACAUGAAAAAGUUUCAAUCAGAGGACAUUAUGAAACGGGCCGAGGAGGCAGCCGUUGCGCUCCAAUUCAAGAUAUACUUACAUACGAAUGAGCUCUUGGGCGAUGAGACAUCCGUCUUCCCUCUUUCAAGCCCUCGUUCACUGAAAAAGCAGGGACCUGGAAAUUUUAUAAGUUCAGACGACCAUCUUCAAAACCCAACCAGGGAAGGAGAUAUCUCUGCAUCGUUUGGACCGCCAAGAGACCCUGAUAGUGGCUCACCAAGGAGAAGUAUGCUGCGGGGAAGAUCUGGACCGGUGAAGAAAGUAACACUGGAGACCCUGACUGAGGGAGUUCCUUCAGUCAAUGGCUCAGUGAAGCUUGUUCGAAGUGCAACAAGCGAGCAGCUGCCGAAGAAAUCACUGGCUUGGCAACAGACAUUUUUGCAGCGGAAAUCCAGCAUGGGGUCCCAUUGGGACGGCGCGCUUGAGAGAAUCUCGGCUGUGUCUUUGGUCAAGUACGCGUCAUUGCUAAUUGAAGUAGUGUCCAAGAUGAAGUAUGUUGUGGACUGUGUCGAAGAUCUUAGUGAAGAGGCUAAAUUUCAAGAUUUCCAUCAAUCUGAGAGUUAACAACAAAUGGGAUAAUGAACCCAGUUGGUUUACAUGCAUUUGGAGUCUUGUUAAAUGAGAGUAAACUUACGAAUACAUAGACAGGAAUGUCGUCUGUUGAGGCAAUGCCUCAAUCAGUACGUUUUCAUUUGACAAAUCCAAUACCUUGGGAUUGCUGAUGACAGGAUUAACAUAGAGGUUGGGAGCCAGCAGUGGUGGCGAAGGCUCCCAACCUCUGUAUAUUAACCCAUAAAUGUGCAGGGAACAUAUGGGUAGUGAUUGCAAUUUUUUUUUCUUUCUAAGUUUUGGUUAUGUUUGCACCAA